AAUUGGCCUGAAACGUUCAAGUGUAAAUUAAUGUGUCCUUUGCAGGAUCAAAAUUUUUGAACCCUGGUAGUUUUACGUAAAUAUAAAUCACGUAAUUUUUCAUAAACAAUUAAUGUUUUUUUAAUUGGCACUCAAGGUCCGCCACUGUUAUCCGACGCGGCGCCCGAGUUUUCAGCGCCGUCCAUGCCACCGUGCGGUAAUUUCAGCGCAUAAUCGACAUUUUUUUCAAUCAAUAGCUACUGCUGCGGAAGUCAACAUUAAAUUUCCCGACUGAAAAAUUAGAUUUUGUUGUAAAAAUGGCUCACUCUCAAGUGCGUCAGAAUUUCCACAAGGAUUGUGAGGACGCGAUUAACAAGCAAGUCAAUUUGGAAUUGUUCUGCAGCUAUACGUAUAUGUGCAUGGCUCACCAUUUCCAAAGAGACGAUGUAGCUCUAAGUGGAUUCAUCCACUACUUCAAGCAUGCCUGCGAUAGCGAACGGGAUCAUGCGCAUCUUCUAAUGGACUACCAAAACAGCAGAGGAGGCAGGAUUGCUUUAAAGGCCAUUGAGGCUCCAGGGAGGCAGGAAUGGGACACACCGCAGGAGGCAAUGCAGGACGCCUUGGAGCUGGAGAAGCGCGUUAAUGAGAGCCUGUUGCAACUUCAUAGCGUUGCGUCAGGGCACAUGGACGUGAACUUGUGCGAUUAUCUGGAAACGAAUUUCCUGCAAGAGCAAGUGACUAGUAUUAAGGAGAUUGCUGAUUAUGUAACCAACCUGAAGCGUGUGGGGGAAGGUUUGGGGGUCGUCGUAUUCGAUAACAAGCUACGCCAACUCACCUGGAAAUUUUAGUGUAGUUUUAGGGCUCAACAAAAGCUUUGACCGGACUGAGCCGGAGAAUUAACUGUUUAUUAUUCUUCUAGAUAUUGAUACUCUUAGGCAUCGAAUAGGGAAGAUGGGCGAAAUUGGCGCAUUACACUUAGUCGAUUUAGGACAUAUACUGUAUUCCAGAUGAAUAAAAUAUUUCGCUCAAGUAAA